AUGUUUGUAACAUUUCUGACUAUUCUGAUAUUUGUGGCGGCGACAUCUGAAGCCCUAAAUUGUACAAACCCUGGAGGUCCAAAGGCCGUGAAAUGCUUGGAGUCUUUUCAUGUUUUCAUCGAACUGGGUGACAACGCAAAAGGCUUCAAUAUCUCCAACAAAACCAGCACCACAAAAAUGAUCGAAAACUGUGGAAAGUUCAACCGUUGCCGCCGCACACUCGAUUGCCUGAUCGAACAAAAAUUCGUCUACGCUGUCAACAUAACCCUCAUGUUCUGCGAUACCGUUCAGUUCUUCUCAAAACAGUUUAUCCCUUGCCAAAUACUACUAGACGCUAGAGCAUCAGAGUGCUCUAAAAACUGGAAUCCCUACCCGAAAGAGAUUCCGGAUAAGGUGAAAAUGGCAGAGAUUCAGAAAGUGGCGUGUGAGAACUUUUUCGGGAAGCAUGGGUGCAUGCAGAAGGAGAUCACGGAGACAUGUGGAGCAGAGAUGUGGACCGGGUUCAAGAAGAAUAAUCUAGCACUCAACACAAUAAUUGGAGCAUGUAAGUUGGAAGAGCGAUAGUUGAUAAAUAAAUUUUUAUGUGUUUUACGUAUUCAAAUAAAUAAAUUGGUGAAC